UUAUCCUAAACCCACGUUAAUCUUACGAAAUGGAACCAGCAUUUUGUCGAACAUCGUAGUCUUAAAUGUUUGACAAGUUUCAAUAAAGGUUGGUGAUUGGAAUCAUUAUAGUAUUCUAUUUCACCCACCACCGGCGUCGGCAGGCACGCGCUAACACCGCUUUUCCUGUUGAAAAUUCCAAUCAUCCGUCCCAUUUCAUUUGCAGAAUCUCUAUCGUCGCCGGAUUUUCGGAUUUCUUGCCGAAUCGAAUCAUAUCUCUAUCUUUCUAUAGCUCCAUUUUUAUUAAGGUCGAGGAAAACUGAGGCAUUCCAUAAGCAUUCUUGAAUUUGUAAAGCAUUUUGGUCUUGUGUAUACUUGCAGAAGAGUUACUUUAUGCUAAUGAAUAACAGAAUUCGGUGUUUGCAAUAAGCCUGGAGCUCUAUGUACUCCCGUGGAUGGUUUUGUGUGAUGAAGAUAGGUUGAAGCUGGUAAUAUGGGUACUGUUUGCUGUUGCUUGCGCGAUGAUUGGGAAGGUUAUUUUAAUCCAAACAGUUCAGUGUACAGAAACUGUUUAUGUUUUCGUUGCUUUCUUCAGAACUUGUUACACGUGUAUGCAUUAUUAUUUCACAGAGGGGAAGGAUACACAUUACCUUCAACCAUCCAGGGGAGUACUGCUUUGACUUCUACAUCAUCACUUGACAAUGCUCUUUCUGAUAUAUAUCGUUCUCCUCCAAGGCCCUUGCCUUAUGAUGCCGAUCCCCGUUAUUUCCGCUUGCAACAGGAUGGAGGGGUCUCAAGAAGGGAGAAAGGUUCAAGCCAUUCACAGGAGGAAACUGAACCACUAAGAAGUUAUACUGGUGCAGAUUCUGACUCUUUAAGUGCCAGGGACAAAUGUAAUGAGUCUACAUGUGAAGAAGGAUCAAAAGAAAACCAUGCUAGGUCUUCAUUAAAGUUCUCAACUACAGAAACAACUGGAUUUGCACAUAUUUACUCUUCUUCCGAAGAGGAAGAUUUCUGCCCAACGUGUCUUGAAGAAUAUACUCCGGAAAACCCCAAGAUAAUUACCAAAUGUUUUCACCAUUUCCACCUGGGUUGCAUAUACGAGUGGAUGGAGAGAAGUGAAAGCUGUCCUGUUUGUGGCAAGGUAAUGGCAUUUGAUGAAACGACAUGAGUGAGGAAUUGUUGGAACAAAUUGUCAAAAGCUUGCAACAGCAGAAGAAGAAACCAGUGACUAGAGAAUUGGAAGCAGAAAUUGUAUAGUCCUUGUGAAUACCAGUGUUUGACAUAUAAGCUGAAUGUGAAGCAUUGUUCAACUUCCCUUCAUUCACUUCACAUACCCUUAAACUAUAUCAUUUUCAUUUUCUUGCAUUUUCACUUGAAAAAGAAACAUGGAAUGAAGUUGAAUACAAACAGGAGAGAGAGAGAGAGAGAAUGGUGCUUGAUGUGUGGAUGAGAUGAAAUGUUGUUUCUUAUUUUUGUGUGUGUAUAUAUGCUCGAAGUAUAUAUGAAUAAAGACGUGAAUCUUUAAAAUUA